CGGCACGUUGCGUCGUGCUGUGUGCGGGGAGAAAGUUGUCUUCCUGUUUGUGUGUCAAGAGGGGUCACUUGAAAACCUGUCAAGCUUGUCUUGAUAAAUCUAUUCACUUUUAUUCAACCCCUGGAAAUGGGUAUCAUAUCACAAGAUUGAACACUGCUCAACUUUGAAAGUUGAGUUAUUUCCCCUGCAUCACUCUCCACGAAGAAGAACAAUGUCUGGGGACAAGAAACGCAGUGUGUUCAAGGUAAUGGGAGUUGUCCUCCUUUACUGGACCGUGUCCAUCUCGCUGGUGUUUGUCAUGAAACAUCUGCUCAGCGGUCACUACGGCAACCAGGACCUGUCCAUCUUCAUCUCCUGGUACCAGAGCUGCGUCACUGUGGCAGUGAUUUUUGGGGUCGGGUUCUUCGGGAGGCUGUUCCGCUUUGGUAUAGAAGUCCCGCGGCUCGACGCCGAGACGAUCUUCAACCCGGACAUGCUGGCACUGAGCCUGACCUUCAUCGGCAGUCUGACUUUGAACAACCUGAUGCUGAAACACAUUGGGAUCUCGUUCUACCAGAUCGCACGAUCUUUCACGCUCAUCUUCACCAUCGGCAUGACGUCAUGCAUGCUGCGGCAGAUCGUCAGCCUGAAGGUGACCUUUUCCUGUCUUCUCAUCGUCUGCGGCUUCUUCAUUGGUAUCGACCAGGAGGAGGCGUCCGGCUCGAUAACUGCCUGGGGGUGUAUUUACGGACUUCUGGCCAGUUUCACGUGCGCGCUGUGCGGGAUUUAUUUUAAGAAGGGCGAAGCCGCUUGCGGUGGCAGUUCUCUGAAGCUGGCAUACGUGAACAAUUUCAACAGCAUGGUGAUGUUCUUCCCGCUGGUGAUCAGCACGAACCAGCUGUCCCACCUCUACAAUUCCGAGUUCUUCUCCGACCCUUCCUUGUGGAUGUUCUUGACGUUCUCGGGGGUCAUGAGUCUGCUCAUCGGGUGGAUCAGUGCGCUGCAGAUCCGGUACACGUCGCCCAUGACGCAUCACAUCAGUAUUAACACAAAGUCGUUGACACAGACGCUGAUAGCAAUAGUCGUGAACAACGAACACAAGACGUUCAUGUGGUGGGUGGGUAAUCUGUUUGUGAUUUCGGGAAUUCUGACGUACUCCUAUCUCAAGUAUAAAGAACAGAACAGUUCCAGGGUUGUGAAGAUGCCGUCCGCUAGUGAGGAACCCAUGAAUGUGUAUCGACAGAAUGGUUUCAAGGUUGGACCGGAUGAUGAAUUGUCCUUUAGACCAAGUGUUCAAAAAUGAACUUAAUGUAUGCACAUAAAAUGGCAUCAUUCGAGCAUGGAAAAAAGAACGAAAGAAAGAAAUGUAAAUGAAAUGUGUUGAGUGCGUCGUUAAAUAAAACAUUUCUUUCUGUGAA